AUGUUGCCAUGUUGGCAUCUUUCACGACGCGCGUCGACGCACCUGGUGGCAAGUAUCAACCUAAUACGAUCUAGUCUAUGUCGAAAUACGUUGUUCUCUCCGAAAAGGACAGCUCGGCGAGAAAUCUCUACUGCCGGAGUGGGCGCUUUAGAAGACAUUGCCUUGGGCCCUAACUGUGACAUCUAUAUCUCUACUUCCACGGACCCUUACUUCAAUUUGACGGUAGAAGAUUGGCUUUUUCGCCAUGCACGAGAGUCCUCGCCUCUCUUAUUCAUUUACCGGAACUCCCCUUGUGUUGUUAUCGGACGGCACCAGAACCCAUGGACGGAAGUCAACUUCGGAGCAUUGCGGGCUGCAGGCAUCCCCUUCCUUCGCAGGAGAAGCGGAGGUGGGACAGUCUUCCAUGAUCUCGGAAACAGCAACUUCUCCGUCCACCUACCCAGAGCCUCGUUCGACCGACACGUCACCGGCCAACUAGUUCUUCGGGCCGUCAGAGCACUCGAUAUUGAUGCACGACUGAACGAGAGAAACGACAUCUGUGUCGGACCUGACAAGAUAAGUAUUCUUCAUCAUUUCCCGCCAACUUGGCCCUACUUUGCGGGUUCAGCGUAUAAGAUCGUCAAUCGGCGAGCAUACCACCAUGGCACGAUGCUGAUAUCGACGAGGCUGGAUCAGCUCGGCGACGUUUUACGUCCUGUCAAGAAACAAAUUGUGACCAAGGGCGUUGAAUCUGUACGCUCACCUGUCUGUAAUCUCCAGCAGUACAAACGCAUCACGCACGAGGAUUUCAAAGCGGCUCUUAUCACGGAGUUCCGGAAAGACUAUGGGAUUGUUACCGACGCCUGUCUUGUGCAAGAUACAGCGGCUGUCAGAAGCAUGGGCUACAUCUGUCAAGGCAUUUCAGAGUUGACAACGUGGGAUUGGCUCUACGGCCAAACUCCCGAGUUCACGCAGACCGCCAGCCGCAUCUUCCCGUGGGGCGAAGCCGCUGUUCGAAUCAGAGCGAAACACGGAGUGAUCCUGGAGUGCUCUCUGCAGGUGGAAAACACGCUUCUCUCGAGCGCGAAGGUAGGUGUGCUACAGGAACGAGUUCGUGCCGAGUCCGAGAACAAGCGCUAUGGGUUCGAAGGCGAAGUGCUUUCCAAAAAUAGCGCGAUGCCAAAAUCGUGCAUACCCUCUACUUCCGAGAUAUCUCAAGGGGAACAAGCUUUCAGAGAUGUGGAGCUUUGGUUAGGGGAGACGAUGCAAGGAUAG